GAGAUAGCCGCCGAACAUAAGCAUUUUUAGUUGAAUUGAAAUUUUUUCUUUUCGUCAGUCAGUUGCUUCGUCUUCUAUGGAUUAAUACUUAAAUAAGUGUGUGCUAACUUUUUGUAAGUGAACGUACCAGUUUCAUUUUAAUUUGCAAAAUGCAAACAUUAAUGUUCGUAAUCACUCUUCUCUUUUAUAUUUGUGCCUGUGAUGAAAGUUGCCCUGAGAUUAUCAAACGAAGCGAUUGGACCGAUAUAGAGCCAAGAAGCGUAAAUUACUUGAUCAUCCCCAUUCCGUAUGUCAUAAUUCAUCAUACGGUUACUCCAGAAUGUGACAAUAGAGGAACAUGUGUUGCUGUUGUCGAAAGCAUUAGACAUUUUCACAUGGAUGUUAACAAGUGGCACGAUAUAGGAUAUUCAUUCCUAAUCGGUGGUGAUGGGAAUAUAUACGAGGGAUGCGGCUGGAAUCGCGAGGGUGCUCACACGUAUGGAUACAAUAAAAAAUCUAUCUCCAUUGCUUUCAUUGGGAAUUUUGAAGAAAAGGCUGCAAGUGAUGAAAUGGUGAAUGCCGCGUACAAAUUAAUUCUAUGUGGCAAGUCACAAGGAAUACUUCGGGAAAACGUUCGUGUAAUUGGUGCCAAACAAGUUAGAAAUGUUAUAAGUCCUGGAGUCCAACUUCAGAAUCAAAUCAAAAAUUGGCCUGAAUGGGUUGCUACUCCGUGAUCAUGUAAUUUUAUUACAUAAAAAUUUAAAUAAAAUGACAAAACAAAGAACAACGAUGUGUUCACUUCUUCCCAAAAGGAACAAAAGUUGUGCUUGAAGAGAACCAGAGAAGUGCUGGAAUGUAACCAGCCUACCUUGAAAACUGGCGCGUAUUCAUCUGAUAUAUUCCUGUCUUUGUUUAAGACUAAUUUGGGAAAACAUUCAAUUAAAUAAUAUUUGAUAACUUCA